AUGCCUUUUGUUCAAGAUUUUAAGCCAAUUGCUUUGAAAGACACUAACAUGUUCAAGCCAAUCAAGAUUGGUAACACUGAAUUGAAACACAGAGCUGUCUUGCCUCCAUUAACCAGAAUGAGAGCUCAUCACCCUGGUAAUGUUCCAAACAAAGACUGGGCUGUUGAAUACUAUAACCAACGUUCUAAGAGAGAAGGUACCAUGUUGAUCACUGAAGGUGUUUUCCCAUCCGCACAAUCUGGUGGUUACGAUAAUGCACCAGGUGUUUGGUCUGAAGAACAAUUAGCCGAAUGGAAGAAGAUUUUUGCUAAGGUCCAUGAAAACAAGUCCUUUAUCUGGCCUCAAUUGUGGGUUUUAGGUAGACAAUCUUAUGCUGACACUUUGGCUAGAGAUGGUUUGAGAUACGACUCUGCCUCCGAUGAUGUUUACAUGUCUGCUGAACAAGAAGCUUUGGCUAAGAAAUCUAACAACCCUCAACACGGUUUGACUAAAGAUGAAAUCAAGCAAUACAUUAAGGAAUACGUUCAAGCUGCUAAGAAUGUCAUUGGUGUCGGUGCUGAUGGUGUUGAAAUUCACAGUGCUAACGGUUACUUGUUGAACCAAUUCUUAGACCCAAUCUCUAACAAGAGAACCGAUGAAUACGGUGGUUCUAUUGAAAAUAGAGCUAGAUUUGUUCUAGAAGUUGUUGAUGCUAUUGUUGAAGCUGUAGGUCAUGAAAAGGUUGGUAUUAGAUUUUCUCCAUAUGGUAAAUUUGGUACUAUGUCAGGAGCAGCAGAGCCAACUUUACUUGCACAAUACGCCUACGUCAUUGGUGAAUUGGAAAAGAGAGCUAGAGAAGGUAAGAGAUUAGCUUACAUUCAUAUAGUUGAACCUCGUGUCACUGAUCCAUUCUUAACUGAAGGUGAAGGUGUAUACUUGGAUGGUACCAACGAUUUUGUUUACUCAAUCUGGAAAGGUCCAAUCAUCAGAGCUGGUAACUUUGCUUUGCACCCAGAAGAUGUUGAAGAAAUGGUUAAAGAUGAUAGAACUUUGAUUGCUUAUGGUCGUUUCUUCAUUGCUAAUCCAGAUAUUGUUGAUCGUAUCGAGAAAGGUUUACCAUUGAACAAAUACGACAGAGAUACCUUCUAUGCCAUGAGCGAUAAGGGUUACUUGGAUUACCCAACCUACGAUGAGGCUAUUAAGAUGGGAUGGGGCAAGAACUAA